AUGUUGUGUACUGGAACAAAAAAGUCGAUGAAAAGAAAAGUAGUUGUUGUAGGAGAUGGUGCUUGUGGAAAGACAUCUUUACUUAAUGUAUAUACAAGUGGAUAUUUUCCUCAGACUUAUGAACCCACUGUAUUUGAAAACUAUGUUCAACAUGUCAAUGUGGACGAAAGACAUGUCGAACUUUCCAUUUGGGAUACAGCAGUCAUUCAUGACAGAGUAAAACUAGGUCAAGAAGAAUUUGAUCGUAUACGCGCAUUAUCCUAUAGUGAUACACACGUCAUUGUCAUAUGUUAUUCUGUCGAUAAUAGAGAUUCACUUGAAAAUAUACCAAAUCGAUGGUUAGAAGAACUACAAGAGGGCUGCCCUUUUGCCAAAAUUAUUUUGGUAGCUUUGAAAUGUGAUCUGAGACAAGAUGAAACUGCACUUAAAACAAUGAAAUUGAUCGGUUAUGAGGAGAGAAUAAUUAAGGGGUUAGAGGUAGCUAAAAAGAUCCAUGCUAUUCGAUAUCUCGAGUGUUCUGCAAAGCAUAAUCGUGGUGUUCGUGAAUGUUUUGAACAAGCAGCCAGAGUAGCUACAUUUGUUAAAUUAGAUAACGAAGCAGAGAGUAAGCCUUGUGUUAUUUUGUAA